GCGUCUCUUUCCCAGUUUUCUCUUUCAUUUUGUGUGCGACUUUAGCCGGUGUCCGUACGUUUUUCUCUCCGAGAGAUAUCCUUCGGCAGUUCAACUCUAUACAUCUACUCGCUCUAUUCGUGCUACAAGCUCUAAACUCUAUCCAGAAUGGCUGACAAGAAAGUAGAACAAACUGAAGUUCCAGUUGAGGAGACCGAGAAGGAGAAGAAGGUGGUAGAGGAAGAGAAGCCCGUGGUGGAGGAAGAGGAGAAGAAAGAGGAAGAGACCAAAGCUGAGAACGGCAAGGCUGAAGAAAACGGCGAUGCUGAGAAGAAGGAGGAAGAAGAAGCCAAGAACGGAGAUGAUAGCACCGAAACCACCGAUGGCGACAAGUGUUGCAUAAAGAGGAAAUCCGUUGGUGGCGAUGCCAAAGAGGCUGAGGCCGAUGGCGCAACGCCCGAGAAGAAAGCCAAACUCGAGGAACCCGCCGAAACGGAAACAUCCAAGACCGAAGCGGAAGCCGCCGCCUAAAACCAUAACCAACAACACACACUGCCAGUUCAUAAGUCUUAAUUUAAACAAAAAAACAAAAAUAUUAUGAAAAGUUACAAAAAAAAAUAAUAUUAAUAAUCGUGCAUAUAUGAUUAAAGUGAAAUAAUAGUUUGUGUGAUCCGGUUAGAUGUGCUACUCUCCCGUCAUCCAAAAAAAGCGCACAGCUCGUUUUUUUGUCAUGACACACUAUAUAUAAAGUAAUAGUUUUUUUUUGUAAUAGAAAAUUUUUGCAUUUACUACAUUAUUUUUUAUUUUGUAAUUAAUUAAGUUUAGUCGGCACUAUUAACAUUCCUCGCUCUCCAUAGGGAUAUUAACUUUUGUUUGUUUGUUUUUUUUUAAUUAUUAUUUUUUUAUUGUUCGUUCUUUCGAGUUAUCCUUUUUUCGUUAUCCAUAUUCAACAACGGUGCAGUACUUAAUGAUAUAUGUGUAAUUUUUUUUUACGUGAAAUUAACCUUUUAAGUUCAUUUAUAAUAAUAUCCAUUCGUUUCUCGUGUUGUGAUUGUGUGAGAUGAUGAUGAUAACAAUGGUUCAAUGGUCCUGUUAAAUAUAUGAAACGCAAUUAAAGAUGACUAGAAUUUGA